AUGCCACCGCGGCCAACUUCGCCCUCGUCUUCACGGUUAACGAUUCCCCAACCAGUCUACCACAUCUCCGUAUCGCUCAACCUCAACCCGUUCCUCCCCAUCUCAUACACUACCACGAUCCGACACGGGGGAGACGCCCAAGGCCCUUUUGUCGGCUCAUUCGAGAUGUCCUUGUCCCAAAUGAGGGCGAUAGUCACCAUCGGGGAUAUAACGACACGUCUAUCACGGAUACUGUCUAGCGUGAACGGCUCCUUGCGACAUUGGACGUGGGACUGCGGAAAUGUACACCUCAGAUGGGAUUGUCGGAACGUCCUUGACGACGGCUCACCAAUGUGCAUUUGCUACGCGCACGACAGCGUCUCAACACAACUAGCCUCCUUCGUACCUCCCCCAAUCAACGCAUCGCCUCCUCUACCAGCCGCCACGCUGACGGUAUUCCCAGAGGGCCACGAUUGCUUUGACCACAUACUGAUAUCGGCUUUGAUCGUCGAGAGAAAAAGGACAUUAGACUAUUGA